AUGUGAUUAACUCUAGUCUGCGCUCAACUCUGUGGAGGAGUUGAGGUACUUGGCAAAUCACAGUACAAUACACUACAGUAUCAACAAGCUGAAUUCAACUUUGGAUUGGAUAUCUGAUGCCUGUGUGUAGUACACCAGCCACGAUUCAUUUCCACAAUGAGCCAAGGCAUAAUCAAGGAGGAAAUUCUUCGCGAUGAUCUAAAAUACUACUUCAUGAGCCCUUGUGAGAAAUACAGGGCCAGACGCCAGUUACCAUGGAAACUGGGGGUGCAGAUUCUGAAAAUCGUCAUGAUCACAUCACAGCUUAUCUUGUUUGGACUGAACAACCAGCUUGUGGUUUCCUACAAGGAGGAGAAUGCUAUGACCUUCAAGAACCUGUUCCUCAAGGACUAUAGUGGAGUUGAUGAGGACGAUUACAGUGUAGCUCUUUACUCCCAACAAGCCGUCUAUGACAGUCUGUUCUAUGUGCUGGAUCAGUACCGCCAGUUGGGGCGCCUCUCUGUGGGGCCUAUCAGUUACGCUGAGGAGGAUGGGAAACUGUUACCUCUGGUCAUCUGUAAGGAGUACUACAAGAGAGGCAAUGUGGAACCCUCGGACGAUGCCUACGACAUUGAUGCUCAGUUAGAAAAAGUUUGUAUGACACAUGAUCCAACAAGCGUGAGCCAGUGGAAAGCAGAAAAUGUGUCUUUUUUCAAUCUGGAAUUUUACAGGCUUGUCGAUGUCAAGAUCACUUUUCAACUUAAAGGAAUCAACCUGCAAACAGUGCGCACACAUGAGUUACCGGACUGUUAUGUAUUUUUUGUUACGAUCACAUUUGAUAACCAGUGUCACAGCGGAAAGAUAAAAAUAUUCCUUGACAUUGAUGCACUGAGCAGUGCGUGCAAAAACUGGACGAUUUCAGGGACUGCUCAGAAGAACACACACUACCUUCUGGUGUUUGAUGGCUUUGUCAUACUGGUUUGCCUGACCUCGGCCGUGCUGUGCACACGCUCCAUCGUUCUGGCAGUCAAAUUACUGCAGAGAUUUUCCAGGUUCUUCUGUGAGAAUUAUAAUCACAAGGUGUGUGAGACUGACAAAAAGGAGUUUUUAAAUGGCUGGUAUGUUUUGGUGAUCGUCAGUGACGCUAUGGCCAUAGUAGGAUCCAUAUUGAAGAUGGAAAUACAAGCAAAGAGUCUUACCAGCUACGAUGUGUGCAGCAUCUUUCUGGGAACUUCUACGCUGAUGGUGUGGGUGGGAGUGAUCAGGUACCUGGGCUACUUCCAAAAGUACAAUGUGCUCAUCCUGACUAUGAAGACUGCCUUCCCCAAGGUGAUCCGCUUCUGUUGCUGUGCUGGCAUGAUCUACCUGGGGUACACAUUUUGUGGCUGGAUUGUACUUGGCCCUUACCAUGAAAAGUUUGAGGGCCUGAGUCGGGUGGCCGAGAGCCUGUUCUCGCUGGUCAACGGCGACGACAUGUACACCACCUUUGCACAGCUGAAGGACAAAAACAGCCUGGUGUGGCUGUUCAGCCGCGUCUAUCUCUACUCCUUCAUCUCCCUCUUCAUCUAUAUGGUGCUCUCACUCUUCAUCGCCCUCAUCACAGACGCCUACGACACCAUCAAGAACUACCAGAAGAAUGGUUUCCCCAUGACAGACCUGCAGAGGUUCCUGAGAGAGCAGAAUGAUUUCCCCCCUAGCGAGGAGGGCAGCGAGAUGGACACAGAGACUGGAAUGGGACACCCAGCACUGUGCUGUUGCAGACGGGCUCCAAGCAAUGAUGACAUCAUACUCAUCAGCUGACAGCAGCCACACCUGGGAAUGUUGGGAGCAGAGGAUGAUUCUGGAAAUUGGGAACCCGGAACUCUGAAAUACAGGAAAGAACCCUGAUGGAAAUACUGUUCAAUAAUAUUUGGGAUCAUGCAGGUUUUAAUAGGCAGAAUUUGUAUAUUUUCCACGGAAGCAAAUGUGGAAUAUAAGUGCCAAAUAAAUUUCUUUAUAUUGCCUUUUAAACAUUAAACUAAAAGCCAUGUAUGAUAUCUGCUGGCUCCACCUCCACCUCUGAGGAAUGGGCCUGGAUAAAUGUAGCCACUCUCAAAUUCAUAGGCGGGGCUAUGGAUGCAAGGACUAACCAUCAUGACGUCAAAAUUAUAGUUAACUAUGUUUUGUUGCUAUACAGUGUUUUACUUUGUUUACAAACAUUGGCGUAAAAAAAAAAAACUUAUAUUUUGGGUUCUAAUGGUGUACGACUGUUGAACUAAGCUCAUGAGGCAUUUUCACAGGGACAUUCUUCAGAGGUUUACAGAACCAGAAAGUCAUUUCAGGCAAGCACAGGGAGAGCAUGUCUGCUAUGUGAUUCUGAUGCCCUUCGUAUGUAUGCAACAUCAAUGUGAAACACAUGUCAUUUAUUUUUCGGAGAUUUGUAUGUUCAAAAUAAAUCUGUAAAUGCACUACUAAAAAUAA